AUGAUAAGCAAAUGGGGAACUAAGAAUUUCAGCAUUACAAUUACUGCAGAAAAUAUGAACAAUGCUGUUAAUUCUUCGACCAUUUAUUUUACACGUGAGAUAGAUUCAGUGAAUUCAGUUCAAAGCAAUUUAUUAGAUUUUACCUAUUGACUGAUAAGAUUUUUAAUUCUUAUUUCCAUUUUAGCUGUUUUCGCAGCAAGCGUAAACUUUGCUAAAAGAAUCGGGUCAAAGUAA